GUGUGUGUGUGUGUGUGGAUCCCCCCGCGACUCGGCGCGCACGCUUCGAAACCGAUGGGCGUCUAAUCUAUUUCCCUCGGUAAAUUCAUCUCUAUGAGCCUGUUUUUUCGAUAGUAAUGGCCAAAUUGAACAAAAGUAGCUAUAACAACAGUUUUCCAUGACUGAAAAAGGGUCAAUUUGGUCAAGAAGAAACAAAAACCGAAUAAAACUCGGUCGUUUGUUUAUGCCACAACUGCUGUGCCCGGCUCGUCUAUGUGCUGACAGUUUGUUUGAUCGAUAGAUCAGCGAGCAUAACAUAUCGAGACCAUGUCGGACCAGAAGGAAAUCUAUCAGCUCCUCCAACUGCUGAGAAAAGAGCGGCAGAACCAAUCGGAAAAAGCACGGCUCGCCAAGCGGCUGGAGUCUUUACGCGACGAGAACCUCCGCCUGUUGACCGAGAUCGGCCACUGCCGCAACAACGUCGAGAAUUUACGGAAACUGCUGGCUAACGACGAUCAAAAGGCCUACAGUCACUACAUUCACCAGAGGGAGAAGAUGCUGCACCAGCGGCAGCAACUGCGUGAGAAACGAGCCGAUCAGCGCAAACUGGUGGACGAAUUGGAUCAACGCUUCGAGCGUCUCCAAUUGGCCACUUUCCCCGUUUUCUCCUAAUCAGCUGCUGCUGACGCCAUCCAUCCACCAAGAAAAAGAAGAAAAGAGGACAGGACCGACUGACUGACUGUAUUACUCCGAUGAAUGCCGCCAUGAUCGAAACGCAAUUAUAUAACCUCGACCUCUGCUAUGGAUCCGUCAUUUCUGUUUUCUCUUUAGUCAAUUGUAUUAGCCUCAGACUGUCCAAUUUGCCUACCAUAUCGAUUUUGGAUUUUUGGAUUGCAAUUUUAUUGUUUCUUCUCUAUUCUCAAUUGGCUUAUUCGUCUAACAAUAAUUCACGUCAUGAUGGCCAACGAAAAUGUCUAACCUCACCCGAAUAAUGAUCUAUAGUAUGUACUGUAUUAGUGUCGUGUGCUGUACACUGUACAAGAGUCUCAAGGAGAGAAAAUAAGAGAAAAUCCAGUACGUGUUGUCUCU